AUGCCGUCAGCCAAACACGAGCCAAUUGAGACUGGCCUCCAGGAGCAUCAUGCCUGGCAGAAAAUCGGUGCGACUACCGACCAGGAGAAGAAUGCUGUCCUAACUAUCAUCUACGAGAUCUUCGCCCUUGUGGUGAGCCACAUUCAGAAGCCUGGGCCGACCGAAGACAGAAGUGUUGAUGUUGAUGGUGCGAUACAGUACAUGGUAGCCUCCAAACACCACCGCGACAGUUUGCGUGCUGCCAUUGUCGUUUCUAUUUCUUCGCCCGGUUGCCUGUAA